GCGUGCUUGAGGAGAACGGCGUUAAACACCGGAGGGGGUGUCUCCUGCCCCGAAGGGUUUCCCUAGCCCGGAAAUGGGUUGUAGGUGCCGCGCUUGCAGAAGCGCAGGAGACCAGCCGAUUUUUUUCCAGAUCCAACAAUGGCAGUUUGUUGUUGACUUUUCCUUUGAUUCGAUGCGUCCCUUGUUUAAAAAAAAAAAAAAAAGCCUUCUGCUAUUCAGCAGUAUUUGCUUCUCCAUGUAUCCCUGAAGGUUUUCUGCAUCCAAAUAACUCUUAAGUUGUUUGACAGGCUUGAUUCUCAGGCCAGCUGGGAAUCCUAGUUCUGUUGCACUGGGCAAGUGAUGAUGGAGAAAUUGAGAAUCGUUGGCCAAACCGAUAGUGGAUGGGGAAGGAAAGACUGAUUCUGUGUCAGUAAAUAUUAAUAACUAUGCAGUGUGUAUCUAGAUACAUCUAGACUGUCUAUUUUAAACAGAGCUAGAGUUAGAACUUUGACCUUUACAGACAGGUUUUUUUUUAGCUUCAGCACAACUUUCCCACAGCUGUAGUAGCCAUAAAUAGUUUCCUGUGUUUAGAUUUUGUCCUAACUCCUUAUUUUCUUGCAGAGCUUUUCUCUUCUGAGCACAAAGAUCAGGAUAGGAAUUCAGUACUUUUGCUUACAUAAAUAUUUCUCCUUUUUGUUUGUGUUUUGAAAACUCUUCUGACAGCCAUGAAAUUUCUGUUGGUUUUUGAUUUUGACCAUACGAUCAUAGAUGAAAACAGUGAUACCUGGAUUGUGAAAUGUGCUCCUGAGAAAAAGCUUCCUAAUGAAUUAAGAAACUGCUACCGACCAGGACACUGGACAGAAUAUAUGGGCAAAGUCUUUGCCUACUUGGGAGACAAUGGCGUCAAAGAAGAUGAGAUGAAAAGAACUAUGACAACAAUUCCAUUCACUGUGGGAAUGGUAGAUCUUCUAGGCUUUAUUGGCAAGAACAAAGAGUUCUUUGACUGCAUAAUUAUUUCAGAUUCUAAUACAGUAUUUAUUGACUGGAUUUUAAAAGCUGCUGACUUUCAUAAGGUAUUUGAUGAAGUGUUUACAAACCCUGCAGCAUUCACCAGUACUGGCUAUCUUACUGUACAGAAUUUUCACACUCACCGUUGUGCAAAGUGCCCUAAAAACCUUUGUAAAAGGAAAGCCUUAAAAGAAUUUCUAGAUAAACAAUUGGAGCAAGGAGUAAGUUAUACACAAAUUGUGUAUAUAGGUGAUGGUGGGAAUGAUCUAUGUCCAGUAACUUUUUUGAAGAAGGAUGAUACUGCUAUGCCCAGGCAGGGAUAUACUUUAGAGAAAAAGAUUUCUCAACUCUCCCAAGAUCUCAGUCCUAUAGAGUGCUCUGUUCUGGUUUGGUCGUCUGGUGUAGAGAUAAUGUCUUACUUGAAACUGCUUUUAAAGGGAUAAUUCAAAUGAUGAAACAAACAUCAUUACAUAAUGCAGAACAUAACUGCAUGCACAUAAAAAUAUUGUAAAGUUGGGAUGUUAUUAUCUGGACCAGUGGAUUUUUUCAAUGCAGUAUAAAAGUGUUUAUGUUCAAUUUUGACAAUAGAGGGAAAAUGAUGUUGAAAUGGCUUUCUAACAUGGUACACGUUCCAAUAUAGAUGGAGAAGGGUGGUUGCAAAGGGAAUUGACCAUAAUUCAUAAUAUUUUUUAUUAUUAUUUUCCAAGCCUUUAUCAACUGCAUAGCUGACUUCUGUUCACAUGCUUACAGGAAGAGUUAGGAGUAGCGCACAAAAGAAUGAAAUUCUUUCCUUGUAAAACGUUAGGUGCCAGGAACAAGGUUCUGGAACUGUCAACUUUGUAUACCUCUUUAAUCAGGAUGAAUGUUUAAUGUGUGCUUGUAAUCUUUUUUGAUCUGAAGAUGCGUUUAUAUUUUAAUAUACUAAGUAUUUUCCCAAACAGAAUUAAUUUUUAAUAGUUUAUAUUAAAGUCAAUGAAAGCUAGUGCAACAGACUAAAGCAAAAUGGAUGAUUUGUGUAAUGUAUUCUGCUGACCUGUGUGUCUUCAGGUCCCUGUGCUUGUGAGGACUUGGAGACAGUGAACAUAAAUGUAGGUGUCAGCCUCAGAAAUCCUUGGAUAACGCCUUCACUUACGUUGUCAGUCUGACCUCCUCUACUCUUGAGGACAGUAAGAACUUUGCUCUUCUGUCUGAAGAAAAGGCACUCUCUCAUUCUCCUGACUUUCACUGUAACAGUGUGCUCUUGCCAUUCCGUGUA